AUGGCACCGGAAAAGAAGAAAAAAGGGUCCGCCGGAAAUACUACCCCACGGCCGUCGAAACGGAAAAAGGUUCCAUCAGCCAAAAAACUCCCUUUGCCCCACCCAAUGUCCGCUACUCCAAACCCUGAACUCACCAACUCGAGAACAAACUACUCGACGGCGAUAGCAAAGCAGCUUUUGCUCGAGCAAGUCAAGAAGGGCACUAAUGAGAACUUUGCGCUGUCUCCCGUAUCGAUCGACGUCGUGCUGACCAUGGUGGCCGCCGGAUCGAGGGGCCCCACGUUGGAACACAUAGACGGGAUCAAGUCGAUUGCGUCGGCGAUGAUGGCGGCGGCCGUGUGUGGUGGUGGUGAGGGCAGUGACGGCCCGGUUUUGUCUAUGGUUAACGGUGUUUGGGUGGAUGAACGUUUUACUCUUGUUGAUUCUUAUAAGGAAGAAAUUUUAACGGCCGAAGAAGUGGUAAAGAAAGCCAACUUAUGGGCUGAAGAUGCAUCAAAAGGUCUUAUCACAAACCUUCUACAACUUGGGUCGUUAUCUCCAUACACAGCAAUCAUCCUUGCGAAUGGAAUAUACUUCAAAGGAAUUUGGACUCAUGAACGUAGAUUUGAUGCGAGUCUUACUGAAGAAGGAAAUUUCUAUCUCCUCACUGGUGACACCAUCUCGAUUCCAUUCAUGACAAGUCGUCGUGAGAGAUAUCACUACAGAUCAUUUGACGGUUUCAAGGUCCUAAAAAUUCCAUACCAAAGUGCGAAACUCGAUAGGAAAUUUUUUAUGUACUUCUUUCUGCCUCAUGAGAAAUUUGGGUUACAAAAUCUUCUCGAAGAGCUUUGUUCUGAUUCUGGAUCUUCGAAGCAAGAUUACUACAACUUGAGUGAGGAGAGUCUUGACCAAGUUUGGAUCCCAAAGUUCGAAUUCUCUUAUGGAUUUGAUGUUUCUUUGACCAUGAAAGAAAUGGGAAUGAUGUUUCCUUGCCUUGAAAAUCCAGAAGACCUUUCGGAGAUGAUCAAAAUUCCCAAGGGGAUCCCAUUCUUCCCUUCAGUAAUGAUUCAAAAAGUUGUUAUUACGGUAGAUGAGAAAGGCACCGAAGCAGCGGUCGUUACUCGUAAACAGUUACCUGUAAUGGCUGCAAGGUGUCCGCCUCCAAAACCGAGUUUCAUAGCUGAUCAUCCUUUUAUGUUCAUGAUUAAGGAGGAGAUGUCAGGGUUGGUUUUUUUCAAAGGAGCAGUGCUUAAUCCCAAGGCUUAA